CUAACCUGGACGACGCGGGGCCAAUUGUGCGCUGCACUAUGGGACUCCCGAUGACGGCCGGUUGUGAUACAGCCCGGGAUCGAACCAGGAUCUGUAGUGACGCAUUGCGCCACUCAAGAGCACAUAUAGUUAGGUGGGACAACCAGUUGCAGUCAUAGUAAGUACAUUUUUCAGGAAAAUAAGUUACGUUGUAAGAUAGGCUACAUAAGUUCAAAAUGCUGUCAUAACAGAUGCCAUAUAAUUGUUAGUCAUCUUAUGACAGCUGACACGUUGCUGUCAUGUGACACAAACAGAACAACGGAUGUGCCAUAGCGCUCAUUCACUGUUUCUAAACAGAUUACAGGAGUGUCUGUGGGUCAGAAAAACACGGACAACUUACUAUUGUUGUGUUAUUGCACUGGAGGAAGAGGAAGAGGAAGAGUGCACACGUCUGUUUUGACUGUGAGAUUAGACGAACCAGCAACAACACCCAGUCUCUCUACAACCUUAAAUUUAAUAUUUUAAAUAUACUUUACAGUUAGAAUUGUAACGGUCAAAUAAGUAACUGAUAGAUGUAGAACACGGUGUUAUAAACACACAAUAAUAACACGGUAGAGAAUGCACUUUACCCUACACGAGUCACAACUUGGACACGCGCCAGCGUUUCCCUCCCCGAGGUCACAACGAAUGAGCGAAACGCAGAGGCGUAGAAGGGAUUUGUUGUUCAUGUACUGUAGUCUCCCGUAGUUCAGCUCGGGGAGGUUAUAGGUGGUGGCCCGACAUAACAGGAGUCUCUGGUUACACGGUUACGUUACGAUUUAACGUAGUUGCGUCUACUCUCCCCACGGGAAAAAAUGUAGUAGCUCCUCGUGCUUUAGGCCUACUGUGAAAACCGAAGACCUCGAGAGCGCGUCUUAUUUUGGAUCUGUCCGCGCCUAGGAAGAAACCAAAACAACAAUGCAGAGUGGCACCAAUAUAUCAGAUACAGCCAAGGAGUUAUGUGACGCGGUGUCAGUGUCUUUAGGUUUGAGUUCGCAGUUAAACGAGAUAGUGGAUAAUGGACGGAGCGGCCCUGCCUUCUCUGCAGACAGCGGGCCAAAUCAUGGAAACCAUUUUUCAGUCUCCGAGGAGUCAUCUCCAGAGUUUGGAGCUGGCACAAGUAUGACCUCAGAGUUAACCACCCAGAUGCAGAGGAAAACGAUACUUAAAUCAAAUGAACUCAGGCCAUCGUUCGAGGUACAUCAAGACAUUUGUGGACAAAAUUAUGUCGGUUUUUUACAGACCCUGGAGCGCGAAAGGGACAGCGCAUGGAAGGUGACGAGGCCUAUGCACGAGUUGGAAAUGGCCCGAGGUCUCCGUAAAAACUCGGACAUGUUCGUGAAUCUGGAUAACGCUAAUGCGCUCUCCGUGCCCUCUCAGUUUGACGAACUGUUACCUUUAAGUUCUUCAUUCAGUAAAGACGCCCCAGACACGUUAUUCGGUAGGGAUUAUACGGAUCCAUCGACCGUCAAUGGCCUCAUCAAAAGCAGCCUUAACAAAACCGAACCAGGGCACGAGGGACCCUGUCCGGUGGCGGGUGGAUCUUGGUUCUGUAAAUAUUUGGACAACGGAAAUUGCAUGUCUUGUGGAGCACGCAAAGUCUGUCCCCCUGGGUUUAACUAUCAGGACUAUGACCAUGGGAUGUCACAAGAGGGUCAUGUCCAGGAGCAAAGUUACCAAAGUGUGAUGCAUGAAAGCGGUCUUCAACAAGUGUAUCACUCCGCUAUCAAGAAGGAGAGUUCUGGAUGGGUGGGUGCUGACUCCAGACUGAGAUGUGAGGAUAUGUUGCCAGUGUAUUUCUCUGACCGGAGGGUGUGUAAGGUAUGUGGAGACGAGGCGUCAGGCUGUCACUAUGGAGCUGUUACCUGUGGGAGCUGCAAGGUGUUCUUCAAGAGGGCUGCAGAGGGUAAGCAGAAUCACCUGUGCGCCAGCCGUAACGACUGCACCAUCGACAAGCUGAGGAGGAAGAACUGUCCUUCCUGUCGUCUCAACAGAUGCUUCCGGUCUGGAAUGAGCCUCAAAGGCCGGAAGCUGAGGGGAGCUGGCCCGCUGAAAGGAGUAGUGGAGGGGGGAACACAGGCACCCGGCAAAGAGAGGACUGGAGAGAGGGGAGGAGAGAGGACUGGGGGAUUACAGUUAUCCACCGUUUCCCCACAGGCUAAAUGCUGUGCUGCCUGGCAGGCUCCCGCUCUUGGCCUCUCCCCCAGCCUGCGCCCCUCCCUCCUCAACGUCCUGAGUUCCAUCGAGCCAGGAGUGGUCAACGCAGGCCAUGACACCUCCCAGCCAGACUGUUUCGCCUCCCUACUGUCCAGCCUCAACGAGCUGGGAGAGAGACAACUGGUGUCUGUGGUGAACUGGGCUAAAGCCAUGCCAGGUUUCAGAGAGCUGCAUGUAGAAGACCAGAUGUCAGUGAUCCAGUCUUCAUGGUUGGGGUUGAUGGUUUUCGCUCUGGGCUGGAGGUCUUACACAAACACAGACGCUAGAGAGCUCUACUUCGCUCCUGACCUCAUCUUCAACGAUCAGAGGAUGCGUGUGUCCAGUAUGUAUGAGCACUGUGUCCAAUUCCGUCUGCUGUCCCAGAGGUUCUGUAUGCUCAGAGUCACCCAGGAAGAGUUCCUCUGUAUGAAGGCUCUGCUCCUCUUCAGCAUCAUCCCUGUGGAGGGUCUGAGGAAUCAGAAGUGUUUUGACGAGCUGAGGAUCUCUUACAUCAAGGAGCUGGUUCGUCUGGCCAGCCAACACGGAGAAAAACACCACACACAACGUCUGUUCCAGCUAACACAACUACUCGACUUCCUACACCCGAUUGUGAGGAAGCUGCACCAGUUCACCUAUGAUCUGUUUAUCCAGGCCCAGUCUCAGCCCACCAGAGUCAGCUAUCCAGAGAUGAUCUCUGAGAUCGUCAGCGUUCACGUGCCCAAGAUACUCACAGGCAUAGUUCAGCCAAUCCUCUUUCACAAUGCACCUUGCUAGAGGGUCAUCCUAUCACAAAACAACCUGCAAGUGGUUCAACCUAUCACAAAACUUCCUGCUACAGGUUCAUCCUAUGACAAAACUUCCUGCUACAGGUUCAACAUAUCACAAAGCUUCCUGCUACAGGUUCAACCCAGGGCAGGCCCUAGGCACAAGUUACUUUUUUUUAAUGGGGGGGGGGGGGGACUUAGUUGGGGUCUCAACUUUAUGUUGAGAGUUAAAGUAGAACAUAUUUUAAUUUGUUUGUGCUUCAGCAGUUUUUCUUUUGUAAUGUCAGUCUCUGAAAUGUACUCAAUUAGCCCAUGUCAGCAAACAUUUAUUUAGAUUGGUAAGUUAGCCUAGCCACCUUGUAGUAAUCAUGGCCAACUAUUGACCAGGCUCGCAUGUAUCCAGGCGUCUGACCUCCAGAGGGCCUCCAUUGAUUUUGUCAGUCACUCUCACUCAGAUAUCAUAUGAACAUGGCAUAAGUCAUGGCAAAAUGUGUAGAAUUGUAGGAAAUUUGCUUUAAAACUGAUCAUUUCUCUCCACCCCCUGACAAUAUUUUCUGGCUGCCCCAUUUGAAGAAAAAUGUGUAGAAUUUCAGAAAAUGUGAUUUAAAACCACAACAUUUUCUCUACGCCCCAUAGCUAAAUGUGUUGAAUUUCAGGAAAUGUACUUUAAAACUUAAAUUUGCUUUAUCUUUGUUGUCAAGAGGGGGACCACUAAAAUGUUUUACCCGCAUGGUGUGGGGCCCCAAAAAUCUAGGGCCAGCCCUGGUUCAAUAUAUCACAAAACACCUUCCUAGAGGACCAACCAUUGACUGUACAUGAUUGGACAAAGCCGUCAAUGAUGUCACACCAUUAAUUCCUAUGUGAAGACUCAAUGUCGCAUUUGAAGGUUAGGAAAUCGGUUUUAGCUUGCUAAAAUGGCGUCUCAUGGGGAUAUGUAUGUGGACAUAACAUGCACAGUGUGAGCUACUCCAGGAAGGGACGUUGCAGGCUAGCUCAGUGCUGCCUGCAACCAACUUGAGUAUCUCAAGUUGAAGGCCGACCGGGGUACUGCAGGCUACCAUAGCAACUCAAUUAUCCUUAUAUUAUCCUUUGUACAAUUUUUUUUUUUUAAUAUAUAAUCGGUUCAAGAACAUACAUCUGUUCUAAUAUAAGCAAUUAUUGGUAACAUGGUUGUUUCUGAAUGCUAUUUUUUUUUCUCUCUCUAAUAUUGACGACGAAGAUUGCCAUUUUCCCAUUCACUAUACUGGGAGAUCCUGCUUUCUAGAAACUACAGCCUUCAGUACCGCACUCGGCCUUGAACUUCAUGGCUUCAUGAAGAGGGAGGGUCAGUUGGUCUCCCAACCCAUACUCUUCCUUUGUGUUGAUUACGUUAGACCCUCUGAUCUCAAGCUAGGGUUUGAUCCUGAAUGUACAUUUCAGACUGUUUUUCUCUUUUCAGUUUACUGUUGUAUACUCUUUCAUAGUUUCAGUAGAUGUAGUAGUAUAUUUAACACUGUCAAAAUAAGACAUCAUUCUUCUGAAUAACACAUCAUUCAUACUCUACAGACAUUUAUAUAUAACACAAUAUCUGUAAAUAUAAAAUGCAUUAUACAUUGCAUAUUCUAUUAAAAACAAAUCAUACUUCAAAGUUCUAACAAAUUUAACAACCUAUAUUCCACAUCACUGAGGGCUUAUUUAGCAUCAUGUGAUUUGUAUCGAAGUGUUCUAAGUGAGAGGGAAACAGACACACAGGGUGUAUCCAAAAUGACAUCCUAUUCCUUUUAGUGCACCACAUUUGAGUAGGACCCAUAGGGCUCUGGUCAAAACUAGUGCACUAUAUAGGGAAUAUGGUGCCAAUUUCUAACUCAAUCACAGUAAUUUUCCAUAAAAACCUUAUAUUUCUCCCUCAGGUAAGGUGUUACCAUCUAUAGAAGUAUUGAGCUUCGUCAAUACUUUAUCCUAUCUGAGUUCACAUGUCUACUUACCAAAUAAAUACCGUACCUCACUA